AGGAACUGUCGGCCACUGUGUCAGCUCGUCUAAACCGUCUCCCAUUGAGGAAUACUGGAGGUUUAACUGACUGUUUUACUCACUGCUCGGCUCCGCUUCUACUUGACACCGAACACAACCGGAAAGGUGAUUUUUAUUUCUACAUCACAGACUACAUCUUGCCUCCUGAGGCAUCAACUCCAUUUACCUCCCAGUGCCACGCAUCUCAUGGCAUUGCCAUGUGGAAGAUAGCUUAAUUCUGCAAAUACUUCCCUGUGGCCUGCCCAAUGUCUGAGGACAGUGAUCCAAAGCACUACCUGUACUCAUCCCUGGACGGGCCUGAACGGACCCGGGAAAGGGUCGGCUUCCAGGCGGAGGAAGAGGAGGGUUCUCCCUGUGGCUCCAUUAGCCAACUUCACUGCAUGGCCAGCGGUUACAGCAAGGGUUGUGGUGGGCGGGAUGGGGUCGAGCUUGAACCAGAGUUGGGACUGGCUUCCGAGGGAAGCGACAGCAGCCAUGAACACCGUGCCUCGCCGGGCUCCCCGCACGAAGACAGGAAGCGGCCACGCCCACCCAUGCACGAGGAUGUAGAGAUGGGCGGCAGCGGCUCGAGUGGCAGCGGCACAGAAUCUCAUGGUAAUGAGUCGCAUGGCAACGAGUCCCAUGGCAAUGAAUCUGUGGGCAGCUCCAAUGGCAAUGGCAAGGACUCGGCUCUCCUGGAGUCUUCAGGGAGCAACAAAAGCUCAAACUCUCACAGCCCGUCGCCACCGAGCAGCUCCAAUGCCUUCAGUCUGGUGAGCUCCGAGCAGGACAACCCAUCAACCAGCGGCUGCAGCAGCGAACAGUCAGCCAAAGCGAAGACUCAGAAGGAGCUCUUCAAGACCCUGAAGGAGCUGAAGAUGCACCUGCCGUCAGAGAAAAGGAGCAAGGGGAAGUCCAGCACCGUCAACACGCUCAAAUAUGCGCUACGAUGUGUCAAGCAGGUGAAAGCCAACGAGGAAUACUACCAGAUGCUGAUGAUCAAUGACAGUCAGCCACCGGGGUUUGAUGUAUCAUCCUACACCAUUGAGGAAAUCAACCGCAUUACAUCUGAAUACACCCUCAAAAACACUGAUAUAUUUGCUGUAGCCGUCUCACUCAUCACGGGGAAGAUCGUUUACAUCUCGGACCAAGCGGCGUCCAUCUUGAACUGCAAGCAGGAGGUGUUCAACAAUGCCAAGUUUGUGGAGUUCCUAACGCCGCAGGAUGUCAGCGUGUUCUACAGCUUCACAACGCCAUACCGGCUGCCCUCAUGGAGCAUGUGCACCGGAGCAGAGUCGUCUCCCACGGAGUGCAUGCAGGAGAAGUCCUUCUUCUGCCGCAUCAGUGGAGGUAAGGAGCGUGAAGGGGAUAUCCAGUACUAUCCUUUCCGUAUGACUCCUUACCUGAUGAAAGUCCAGGACACUGAGCUUUCAGAGGAACAGUUCUGCUGCCUCCUGCUGGCUGAGAGGGUGCACUCUGGAUACGAAGCUCCCAGAAUCCCUCCCGACAAGCGUAUCUUCACCACCACACACACGCCUAACUGUGUGUUCCAGGAUGUGGAUGAGAGGGCUGUUCCUCUGUUGGGUUACCUCCCUCAGGACCUGAUCGGGACCCCUGUACUACUCAAUCUGCACCCGAGUGACCGACCCUUAAUGCUGGCUGUGCAUCGCAAGAUUCUGCAGUACGCCGGUCAGCCGUUCGACCACUCCGUCCGUUUUUGUGCAAGAAAUGGCGAGUACAUCACCAUAGACACGAGCUGGUCCAGCUUCGUCAGCCCCUGGAGCCGCAAGGUCUCCUUCGUCAUCGGCAGGCACAAAGUCCGGAUGGGUCCUGUGAACGAAGACGUUUUUGCAGCACCAGUCUUCCACGGAGGGAAGAUCAUAGACUCGGACAUCCAGGAAAUUAGUGAACUGAUCCACAGGCUGCUACUCCAACCGGUCCACAACAUUGGCUCCAGCGGUUACGGUAGCCACGGCAGCAACGGUUCCCACGAGCAACUUGUGAGCAUCAGCUCGUCCAGCGAGAGCAACAUGACGCCGGGCGGCACAGCAGAGGAGACGGAGAAGGCCAAACCUCCCAGGACGUUCCAGGAGAUUUGUAAAGGGGUCCACAUGCAGAAGAACCAGGACUUGCAGCUCUGCCUGCACGCCUCUUUGCCCACGCCGCUACCAUCCAAACCUGAGCACAAGAAGACUACUGAUACAGCAGCAGCUCAGAAGAGUCCAACGGUGCGUCUGAAGGACUCCGCGCCCCCUCUGCAGGUCAGAGACGGUAGUGCAGCCACUGUGGAAGAAUUCACCUGCAAAGACCAGACUGUGUGCUCUUACCAGCAGAUCAGCUGCCUGGACAGUGUCAUCAGGUAUCUGGAGAGUUGUAACAUCCCCAUCACAGUGAAGAGGAAGUACCAGUUCUCCUCAAACACCACCUCCUCCAACUCUGAUGAUGGCAAGAAGGGCUCAGAGGACAGCAUGCAUGUGCCUCAGGAUACAAGCUCAGAUCCUUUGAUGCUAGACGCCCAGCCAGGCCUGCCAAACAUGAAGGCACCUAAGAAGCCUCCGUCUGCAGCCGCUGCAGUGGUAGGAGGCCCCCUGGCGCCGCUCACUCUGCCCAGCAAGGCAGAGAGCGUGGUGUCCAUCACCUCACAGUGCAGCUACAGCAGCACCAUUGUCCACGUGGGAGACAAGAAGCCUCAGCCAGAGUCAGAGAUAAUCGAGGAUGUGGCUGAGAGCCCAGCGCCCCCAGCUCUGCCCGUCAGCAUGGUGUCUCCGCCGAGCCAGGAGAAGGAGGCCUACAAGAGGCUGGGACUGACCAAACAGGUGCUGGCAGCACACACCCAGAAAGAAGAGCAGGCCUUCCUCAUCCGCUGCAGAGAGCUCCGCAACGCCAGGAGCUUCCAGAAGGAUUGCUCCAAAUAUCUGCACAAGCAGAGGGGCGCAGCCCACACUGAAGAAUCAUCUGGACCGCGAGGUGCUGUCAAACAGGGCGCCACCAGACCUGAGACGACGGCCAAGAAAGGCAACCGUAACAGGAAGUCCAAGAAGCCACGAAUGAAGAAUCCUGAUUCUUCAGACAGCGCCGUGUUGAACCGUAAACCCCGCCCCCCUCUCCAGGGUCUCAACCAGACAUCGUGGUCCCCAUCAGAAGCCUCACAGUCAGCAUUUAAUGUCUCCUACCCCACCAUGGUGCCUGCGUACCCGCUCUACCCGCCAGCACCUGCUGCCCCAGCUCAGCCCGCACGCCUUGACCCCUCCCUCUCCACAGGCUUCGGAGAGGGGCAGAACACACAAGCUCCGCCCGCAGCCACUCCAUUCCCCACCCCUGUUGUAACACCUGUGGUGGCUUUGGUGCUGCCAAAUUACAUCUUCCCCCAAAUAGGACAGAUAGGGCAGAUAGGGCAGAUGGGGCAGAUGGGGCAGUUAGGGGCGACGACCAGUCCAGUGUAUUUUCUUGAGCAGACCCAGACACAAGCUGCAUACCCAGCCCAGCAGCCCUUUCAGCCCCCGCAGCCAGCCUACACCAUGCAAACACAACCCCCCUUCCCCAACCAACAGUCAUUCCCUGUGCAGACUGCCUUUACCCCCCAGCAGCCAUUCCAAGCCGCUCAGUCUGCCUACACUACCCAGCAGCCUUUCCAGGCUUCUCAGACUGCCUACACUACCCAGCAGCCUUUCCAGGCCCCUCAGACUGCCUACACUUCCCAGCAGCCCUUUGCUGCCCAGCCUUCGUUCCCAGUGCAGCCUCAGUUUGUCGCACAAGCCCCUUAUCCAGCUCAGCCUUUCCCCUACAGUUUAGCCUCCGAGCCCCCAAAAGCCCCGGCCAUGGAGCCCCGAGAAGGGGCGGCAUCUCGCUCUUCCACCCCGGCCUCCGGGAUGCGGGAGCCGGCAACAUCACCGCCGCUGUUUGAGUCACGGUGCAGCUCGCCGCUGCAGCUCAAUCUGCUGAGCAUGGAGGAGGGGCAGCGGUCGGUGGAGCGUCAGGACAGCACAGCGCCCUCCGCUGGAGGUCAGGGCAGCAUCACUGCGACAGCCUCGGGAGGAAUGGGGGCGGUAGGAGAGAAGAACGAAGGAAUGGCCAAGGCUGAAAACCAACAACAGGCGGAGUCUCCAGGAGAUGACGGUAACUCCUCAUCCUGCGACCUGCUGAAUAUCCUUCUGCAGGAGCAGGAGGACUCGCACUCUGGCACUGGAUCAGCCACUUCUGGCUCUGUGGUCUCAGGAUCAGGCUCUGGAUCAGGUUCAGGAUCGGGUUCAGGAUGCAACGGCUCCGGUACCUCAGCGAGUGGAGCUUCUGGGAGCAGAACAGGGAGCAGCAACACCAGCAAAUACUUUGGCAGCAUUGACUCCCUGGAACAUGACUCCAAGGCGAAAGACAAAGGCAAGACGAGGGCCAAAGGAGGCUCUGAAGGUGGCCAGUCGCAGGCCAAAGUCUCAACUCAAGGAGAGGGAGAGCAUUUCAUCAAAUACGUUCUCCAGGAGCCUCUCUGGCUGCUGAUGGCCAACGCUGACGACAAGGUCAUGAUGACAUAUCAGAUGCCCUCCAGGGACAUUCAGAAGGUUCUGCGGGAAGACAAGGAGAGGCUGCGACAGAUGCAGAAGAGCCAGCCUCACUUCUCCUCAGACCAGCGACGAGAGCUGGUGGAGGAACACCCAUGGAUGAGGAGGGGGGGUCUACCUGCUGCUGUCAAUGUGAAGGAGUGUUUGUACUGCAAGGACGCAGCAGGGGCACCCAUGGAGGAGGAGCUGCCCGACAUGGACAUGGGUGGGCUGGGCGACGAGCUGAGCCCAGAGGACCACAACGCUCAGAGCCAAUCAGAGGACUCGCAUCCUCAACCAGAAUCGGGCUCCUGAACACACACACACACACACACACACACACCGCCAGCAGGUGGACACACUUGACUUGACCAGCCAUGGACCCUCAUGAUGCUCACACACACUCACACGCACACACAUCGUGGAUGUGAGACAAACAGUUGUGUGCCUGACCAUCCUCACAAACCCACACAUAUGUCUAAACACACACACACACACAGACACAACAAACAGAACUUAUGAAGAUGUGCGCUGUUCAUUUGUUCGUGUGUGUUGGACGUGGGACAGCUGUGGGAGUGCAGUUCUUAAUGCCCCCACACAGGGGCAGCAGUGCUUGAUGGGGGGCUUUGGAAGCAUCACCCUGUUUAUAGUACUUUUGCCAAUUCACACACACACAAACACACACUCUCUGAAAUGAUCCAACAUGUGUGGUUGGUGACCUCCGGCUUCUGAGAUAUUUUUUUAUUUAAUUGUUUCCCAUCCUCUUUGUCGGGGGCAGAGCUUUACAGCGACAUGAUGAGUUAUUAUUAAAAAAAAAAAAAAAAAGUUAAUAGUAAAUGGAUGUCUGUUAAAUAUCAAUAUUCUAAAUUAUAAAUACAUUUGAUUUUAAAAAUGUUAUUUUGACAAAAUAAUCGUGAUUUCACGAUUUAAAAAUGCUGUUUAAAUACUGCCAGAUAUUACGUUUGUGGUUUCUUGGUUCCAUUCAAGCCCUACAAACCCCAGAAUCCCCUCUGCUUUCCUUUGUAGUCUAGUUGAUGUAGACUGGGUCAAAUUGUGUUUUGUUUUUAUUUUUUGGUUUUCUUUUGUUAGUUUUUUGUAUCAUGGAUGAGUUGUUUUCUCACUACUCUCCUCAGACCUGAGUAUUUGCAAUAUCAAGGCACACAGCAGUGGUAGCACCUGACUCAACAGCUGGUUGUAACUCUCCUCCACAGUGAUGAUCUGACACAUAGUGCAAGAUGUUCAUGUAUCUUAUUUAUUUUCUACCAGAUAAUGUAUCUAGAGUAGUUUUUUUAAAAAGCUAAAGCCAAAUCCACUCUGCUAAAAGUCAGUACUCAUUUUAACAGUUUACAGGUGUUGCCAGGUAACACUAUAUAAUACCAUGUAGUGUUAAGUAUAACGACAUUACAGGUGCUAUGAAGAAGUGGGGUGUCAUCACAGAUCCAGAGGCUGCUGCAAUGUUUUUGUUGCAUAAAAACAAUCAGCAUCAGGAAAUUGAUGCAGGAAACUCAGCAGUUGACGGGAAAAGUUGAGGCUGCGAAUCAAGUUUAAAGAUGAAGAAACUUUAAUUUUAUUUUAACUAAUGAGAGAAUUAGAAUUUACUUUUCACCUCCAAUUUGUAUCUUAUGGUGGUACACUUGGAGUACUUUUAUAAAUAGAAAUAUUUAUAUAUCCAUGUAAAUUGAAGAAUCUUAUAUAAAAAAACAAAUGUUGAGGAAUGUUCUCUUUUUCUGUCAGUAUGGUGCAGCUCUGCUACAAAAUGUCAUUUUUUAACAAAUUAGUAGUAUUUUAGGGAUUUAUACAUUAUGCAAAAUUACAUUACCUCCACUUUUACCCUUUCAAAGAUAUUUCAUUUAUCUAAUUUUCACACAUCUGUUUUUUUGGAAUUAAUAGAAACAAGGACUUCUUAAAUUCUUUUUCAACACUGAGAAACUUUUUUGUUUUGUUUUUUUACAUACUGGCAUAUUUCAGGUGCCGUGUGUGUGCAGCAGUACAGCCUCACAACAAAGCUGCAGUAUGGUGGGAAGACAGCUUUAUAAUUGUAGCAAACAAGGGGACCAUGUUGUGUCAGUAACCUUCGGGAGAAAGCGGGCUCACACAGGAAAUGAUGAUAUACUGUAACGUGCAUCAGCAGCCAUGCAAGCCCCUCUUCAUCUAACAUGAAGUGUUAUAGAAACUAUGAUCCACAUGUAGUCGAUGCAAACAGUAUGAGGAACUGGGAGCAACUGGUGCUAAGGCAGAGAACCUGCUGGGGUUGGGCUUGUGAAUGCAACACAGACUGGACCAAGAGCAUCUCACUGGGUUAGUUUGUUUUCAUGAUUUUCUUUUUUUUUUUAUUUGUUCACUUGUCAAAGCUUUUUUUUAAUGUUCUAUUUUUCUAUUUUUUUUUUUUUUGUGUGUUUUAACAAAGGUAAGAGCUUUUGAUUGUCGUUGGGGAUGGACCCUACCUCUAAUAAAUCCCAGGUCAUGUUACUGUAAGCAGAACAUAGCACUUGUAUGCUUGUAUGUGGACAAAGCACAGAGUGGUCGGAUACUUUAGUGAUUCUGAAGAGUGGUGGACUCAGCUUCAUGGACUCCUUCUGUUCCUAUGAAUGAAUGAAUGAAUGAAUGAAUGAAUGAAUGAAUGAAUGAAUGAAUGCACGAAUGCACAGACAAAGACAGACAGUUGUCACCACCUUCAGCAACUGCAAUCUGUGUCUGUCGUUUGUCUCUUCUCUGAGCAAGAUAUGUAGGGGGGGGGGCUCCAACACUCACCUGUGUAUAAACCAGUAAGAAUGCAAGAAUGUUGUUUAUUAUUGUAAAAGCUGAAAUGUGGAAAUAAAGUGUUGUAAAUACAGAGAACCAGUUUUAAACUUUACUUUUCUCCUGAGGCUUCACUAAGAGAGGAAAUGCAUUUUAAACGAACUACACACUGGUGGGCUGUUGGAAGCACCCUGACCUGUAAAUCCAUACACACGUUCCUGGCACAUGAUGUUGUGUAUGGUUAUGUAAAUUUGUUUCAUUGCCACUGUAUGAGUCUGUGGUAUAUUAAACUAGCACAGUUCUGUGCUAUUUUUGUAGUUCAGAUGUGUUGUUUGAGAAAAUGUUGUUAUAAAACUCCAGAAAUAUAAACCAGUGUGAGUCAUCUGUA